GGUGACUCCUUCACCAAUCUCGCCUAUUUAUCACUGUGCUAGCUGUAAGCUGUAAAUGUCACUAUACAGGGUUCUGGGGUCUCAGAGCGCCUGUCUAGAUGGUGUUUUCCGCCCGCAGUCUCAACCCUCAACCCUGUAGCUCCAUGGCUUCAUGCUGGACCGUGCUGGAACAAUUGUCAAUCAUCAAUCGUCAAUCAUCAACAUAACUACAUCAUCGCUCUCUCAUCCCCGAUUAAUCUACUUCAUAUCCAAAACAGUAAUAAAUAAAACGACGAAAUCUAUACGAAAUCUAUUCUUCAUGCCUAAAAAGAGGUUUACACCACACUAUUCAAAACCUGCGAGUACAGUUCAUCCAUCGCUCAAUUCGAAUGCAUCUGCGUCGACAUCGGCAUCGCAAAACAACAAUGUUUCGUCCGUAAACGAUUUAAUAAACUCCGCCCGGAGACUAAAUAUCUCUCCCACCGAACACCUCCGCGCCGCUUCUUCCCUCAGUCCGUCCCCUCACACCCUUCCUCCACAAAUUCGUCAUCUCCUCUCCCAGCCCGAAACCCCCUCUCCCGCUCCUCGCAGACCACUCCACAGCCGACGUUUUGAUGCCAAUGGUCGUCGCAUACCAGCUGGUCCUGCGCCACCCAGAAGUUGGCUAGAAGGAAGUAUACACGCACCUCCUGAUGUGCGAAGGCGAUUCCGUCUGGGUGAGGAAGGAAGGUUAUUUCCAAGAGGAGUGGGCUAUUUUCCUGGUCUAGGCAAUGAUACAAAUGGAAAUGGGCCUAAUGCGGGAAGGAGUUUGUUAGAAUCCUGUUUGAGGAGAUUGGCGAGUGAUUGGCAGAACAUGAGUGUUUAUGAGUCGAACAAUCUGGCAUUGUUGCCGGUGGGAUUGAGGAUGGGGCUUCUAAGUUAUAUCGCGGUAUUUGGGCCGGAAGAAGGGAUUGGGUUUCAAGGCUUGAAGAACAUACUUGCUUUGCCAAUACAGGACAACAGUGUAGUAGAAGGACUGAUCAAAGAAGAGGCAGAGGAUUGGGAGGAAGAAGCCGAUGAAAGAUCUCCCGGAGGAUACAAUGAUUAUUUCUUUCGACUAGACCUUGGUGGCUCAAUAGGAAGAUCGGUUAGCUUGAAACAGCUCUCAAUCCUUCUUACAAAUACUUCUAUUAUUAAGGAAGAAAAAAUACCUCGAUCGUUGCCCAUAUUCCUUCCACAUCUCACCCACCUAUCGCUCUCUCAUCCUCCACCCUCGAUCUCCUGGUCUCGUCUCCUAGCUCUCACGCCUCAUCUCAAGACCGUCACGCAUUUAUCACUGGCUUACUGGCCCCCUCCCACAUUCACAACAAACUUUCAAAGAAGCCAAUCUCGAUAUGUCGCUAGUGAUUUGGACAGCCAGACUAUGGAUCAAGAAUUUUCAGAGUCGCCGUUGGUUUUGAAGAAAUUAGCGAGUGGUGUCUAUGGUCUUGAAUACUUGGAUCUGGAAGGAUGUAUAGAUUGGACGUUGGCGUUAAAGGAUUUAAAUGGUGUAGAUUGGGGUCAUCAGUGGAUAAGACUGAAGACUUUGAUUUUGAAGAGCGGAAUGAUGGGAGAUGAUCCGGACUCUGAUAUGGCAGACUUUGAACGGUUUUCCGGAAAUGAGAAAAGUGUUUUUGAAAAGGCGAUACUGGAGGGGCUGCACACGGAAGAUCACAUAUAUGGAAUGAGGAGAGGAAAAGGACUACCGUGGAUGGAUGUCAUUGUUGAUCAGAACCCUAACGGCAUGAAAAUGCGGAUUCCUAGGGAGUCUUCUGAAACGAUCGUUGGAGGUGCCGGUGGUAGGAAUUGGAAUACCGAAUUGGCAAUGGCUAUUGCAAACAGUACUUGGGAGUCUUAGGAAACACUGGGGGUCGGAUGGCGUCUAAAGUAUUGGCGUUUCACUUGUAUAGACAGGAUGCAUGGUCAUGUAGGCUCUGGUACUCAUAACGGUAGAUUUUUAUACACACAUACAUAUGUAUUUAUAGUACGGCGAGUAUAUAUACAAGCCAAUGAAUAUUAUUUAUUACACA